AUGAGCGCAAACAAAUUCAUCGAGGGCGAGGCCAUGCUGGAUGAUGAUGAGGAGAAUGAGCAGGAGCCCCCCGAUGAUUAUGACGAGGAAGUCCGGGAGGGUCCUGCGAAGCCGCCGAGAGGCUACGCAAAUGAUUCUAGUGAGGAGGACGAAGAAGAAGACGACGAAGAAGCUGCUCGCGCGGUCCAAGAAGGUUUCAUUGUCGACGAAGACGAAGAGAUUGAAGACCGCGCCCAGCGCCGACAAGAGAAGAAGAAACGACGGCGAGAAGAACGCGAGCGCGAAGAGGAACAUUUGGAUGAGGAAGAUCUGGAAUUGAUUGGAGAGCUUAACCCAGCUAUACAACCCCCAGUCGCUUCAGAGUCCAAAUUCAAGCGCUUAAAGCGUGGCCACAAAGAACGCGACCGUCCCCGACCGUCUCGUGGCAUCGAUGACAUGUUCAACUCGGAUGAAGAGGAAGAAGCAGGCGAAUAUGCUCGACCUCGACGACCAAUGCACGAUGAGAUGGACGAUUUCAUUGAGGAGGAUGUCUUCUCCGACGAUGAACAAAUACAGCGGGAGCGGGAGGAUGAUCUCGAAAUUGCGCGCCCCAAAGCUCGCGUUACUGGCCUAGGCCCCUCUGACAUGGCGGGAUUGGACGAAAACGCGCUGGAAGACAUGCGUGCCGCGUUCGGUGACGGCAACGAGUAUGCUUUUGCCCUGGAUUUGGAGGACCAAGAAGAUGAGCAGGAGGAGCACGAAGAGAGGCAUCUGGACCUGAAGGACGUCUUCGAACCGUCGCAGCUGGCCGAGAAGAUGUUGACGGAGGAGGACAACCAUAUUCGUCUAGCUGAUGAACCGGAACGCCACCAGCUCUCACGCAAACCUUAUACACAUGUUGUCUUGACAGAUGACCAGCUCCGGGAAGAGGCAGGCUGGAUAUCGAACCUCAUGCUUCUCAAGAAACGCAUUGAGCCCGAUUUGCAUGAGCCAUUCCAGCGUUCCGUGGCUAAAGUGCUGGAGCUCCUCGUUACAGAUGAUUGGGAAGUCCCGUUUAUCUUCCAGCACCGGAAGGAUUAUAUGAUCCAUGCAGCCAAAGUGCCCACGGACGGAGCAAUGGAUGGAGACGGACAAUACAAGAUCCAGGCUGAGAAGCUGCUCAACAUGACAGAUCUUUGGGACAUUUUCGACUAUGACCUCAAGUUCAGGGCGCUGGUAGACAAGCGGAACACCAUCCAGAAAGCCUAUGACAACAUACAAAGCUUGUUCGACGUGAAGGAUCAUGUGAUCGAAGAGAUGCUCCCUAUCGCCGUCACCAUGGAGGAGCUGCAAGAUAUCCAGGACUACAUCCACUUCCAAUAUGCAACGCAGCUGCGCGACAUGAAUUUGGCGAAUGGUGACGCCAACGGCGAUGUGCAGCGCCGUAAGGCCUCGGGCAAUUCGUUCUUCGAGCGUAUCCGCAACAGCAGAGCCUACGAGUUCGUGCGCGCCUUUGGAAUUACAGCGGAUGCUUUUGCACAAAACGCCAUGAAGCAAGGCCAUCGUCAAUAUACCGAGGACCCCGCUGUGCGGCCAGAUGAGAUGGCCGACGGGCUUUUGGACAGCGAUUUCUCUAACCCUUCGCACGUAGUCAAGGCUGCCAAAGCCAUGUUCGCAGAGGAGCUGGCGCUGAGCCCCAAGGUGCGCAAGGUGAUCCGCCAAGCCUACUACAUGAACGGCGCAGUCGACUGCUUCCGGACUGAAAAGGGUCUCCGGAGAAUCGAUGAACAUCAUCCCUACUACGAGUUUAAGUAUCUACGGAACCAGCAACUUAUCGACAUCGCUCGUCGACCAGAGCUCUAUCUUCGCAUGUUGAAAGCCGAAGAGGAAGGCCUGGUGGAAGUCAAGGUGCGUUUCGAGAACUUUGAGCACUUCCGGCAACGGCUAUACCCGGAUAUCGAGUCGGAUAAUUACAGUGAACUCGCCGAUGCCUGGAACCGGACACGUCGGGAUGUUCUGGACAUGGCCCUGGGCAAGCUAGAGCGCUUGAUCAACCGCAGUGUCAAGGAAAAUAUCCGUCAAGAAUGUGAAAACCAUGUGGCCAAGGAAUGCCGGGAAGCAUUCUCCCAGCGCCUGGAUCAAGCUCCUUACAAGCCCAAGGGUAUGGUUCUGGGAACCGUGCCUCGCGUGUUGGCUCUCUCGACGGGAACUGGCAUUGUCGGUCGGGAGCCUAUCCAUUGGGCUUACAUUGAAGAGGACGGGCGGGUGCUGGAGAAUGGUAAAUUCUCGGACUUAUCGAUCGGUGACCGGGAUCGCGCAAUUCCGGAUGGCAAAGAUGUGGAGGGCUUUGUGGAUGUGGUGGAUCGACGGCGACCCGACGUCAUCGCAGUUUCCGGAAUGUCUCCGGAGGCACGCAAGCUGUACAAGCUGUUGGCCGAAGUUAUUGAUCGGAAGGAUCUUCGUGGGGCUCCAUACACGGACGACCGCGACGAGGAGGUCAGUGACCGCCUGGAAGUGGUGAUUGUCAAUGACGAGGUUGCGCGGUUGUACCAGCAUAGCGAGCGAGCCAAGAGAGAUCAUCCUGGUUUUGCUCCGUUGACGCAUUACUGUGUUGCCCUCGCUAAGUACCUCCAGAGCCCGCUCAAGGAGUAUGCAUCGCUGGGUCGGGAUGUCGUCUCGAUUCAGUUUAAGCCUGGCCAGCAAUUGGUUGCUCAGGAGUUACUGACGAAGCAACUGGAGACUGCGCUGGUGGAUAUGGUGAACCUGGUGGGUGUCGACCUCAACGAAGCAGUUUCCGAUACGGCGACGGCCAAUCUUUUACCCUACGUCUGUGGUCUUGGUCCUCGCAAAGCGGCCCACCUUCUCAAAAUUGUGAACAUGAACGGAGGCUUGGUCAACAACCGCGUGGAACUUCUGGGUGUCAACGCACAGUAUCCCGCCAUGGGUAUCAAGGUGUGGAACAACUGUGCCAGCUUCCUGUACAUUGACUACGAAAAUGCGGACCCGGAUGCGGAUCCUCUGGACAACACCCGUGUGCACCCAGAAGACUACGAUAUUGCUCGCAAGAUGGCAGCCGACGCCCUGGAAUUGGACGAAGAAGACAUUAAGGCGGAGACGGACGAGAAUGGACCAGGAGCCAUCGUGCGGAAAUUGUUCCGUGAGGAAGCACAAGAUCGUGUGAACGAUCUGAUUCUGGAGGAAUACGCCGAGCAGCUGGAGCGGAACCUGAACCAGCGGAAGCGGGCGACCCUGGAGACGAUUCGAGCCGAACUACAGCAACCUUAUGAGGAACUGCGGAAACCGUAUGUGUUCUUGGAAACGGAUGAGAUUUUCACCAUGUUCACAGGCGAAACGGCCGACACGCUGUACGAGGGCAUGGUGGUACCAAUCUCCAUCAAGCGGAUUACAGACGACCACAUUGAUGGCAAACUGGACUCGGGCAUCGAUGCUCUGGUGCCUGAAUCGGAGAUGACGGACCGCUACGACAUUCCCGUGCGAGCGCUUUACUCGAUGCACCAGACGGUGCCGGCCAAGAUCCUAUUCCUGAACCGGAAGCAUUUCACGUGUAAUGUGUCUUUGCGUGAGGAGCAAGUUAGCCGACCGUCGGGCAAGCCGAACGACCAAAUCAACGGCGAAUGGGAUCACUCGCAAGAACACAAGGAUCGGGAGUCGUUAGAGGAGAAGACCCAAGAUGGUGGCCGAGCGGUUCGCGUUAUUAAACACCCGAUGUUCCGGCCGUUCAACUCCACCCAGGCGGUGGAGUACCUGGGGUCGCAGAGCCGGGGUGAUGUGGUGAUCCGGCCGUCGUCCAAGGGACCGGACCACCUGGCAGUAACCUGGAAGGUCUCGGAUGGUGUCUACCAGCACAUUGACGUGCUGGAACUGGACAAGGAGAACGAGUUCUCUGUCGGUCGGACGUUGAAGGUAGGCGGUCGAUACACGUAUAGUGAUCUGGACGACCUGAUCUUCAACCACGUCAAGGCGAUGUCGAAAAAGGUGGACGAGAUGAUGCUCAAUGAGAAGUUCCAAGAAGGCAGCAAGACGGAAACCGAUACCUGGUUGGAGACGUACACCAAAGCAAAUCCUCGGCGAUCGGCAUAUGCCUUCUGCAUUGAUCCGAAGCAUCCGGGAUACUUCUAUUUGUGCUUCAAAGCUGGUGAGAAGGCUCGGCUCCACAGCUGGCCGGUUAAAGUGAUUCCCCAGGGUUAUGAAUUGCAGAGGAACCCGUAUCCGGACAUGCGGGCGUUGUGCAAUGGGUUCAAGCUGCUAUUUACCAACAUGCAGGCUGGGACGAGGCGUUAA